AAUCAUUUUUCACACGAACAUGGCAUCAGGAGAAGGCGAUGGCACCAGCAAUGACCAAAUAUUAGAAGUAGGAGCUGUGCUGCUGAAGGAUUUCAUUUAUGAGCGAGUUCGUCGUCAUGGGGACAGCGGCACCGUUGUAUCGCGGCACGAACUGGGCGGGAGCGAGCUCUGCGACCCCACCCAUAAAAAACUCGCUCAGUACUUACAGCAGAUUGGAGAUGAGCUGGACAACAACGUAGACCUACAGAGAAUGUUAGCCGACUCAGCUCUCCAGCCAACUAAAGAAGUGUUUGUGAAGGUGGCGCGUGAGAUUUUCUCGGAUGGGAAGUUUAAUUGGGGCAGAGUGGUGGCACUUUUCUACUUUGCUUGUCGACUUGUGAUCAAGGCUCUCCUGACGAAAAUUCCAGACAUCAUCAGAACCAUCAUCAACUGGACUCUGGACUACCUGCGGGAACAUGUGAUUAAUUGGAUUAGGGAACAGGGAGGCUGGGAGGGGAUCCAGACCUACUUUGGCACACCGACCUGGAAGACCGUCGGCGUCUUUCUGGCUGGAGUUCUCACCACUGUCCUGGUCAUGCGCAAGAUGUGAAGGG